AUGGUACAGUACCGGCCCUUGGACGACCCGAAAUUGCCGGCAGAGAUGCUGAAGGUGCCGACGGUGGUGCUGGAGAUUAAACGCAAAUGCUCGCAUGCCCAAUGCGACGGCUCCUGCGAGGGGACGUCCCGAGGGGCAGUCUCGCGGAAACUCAAAAUUAUUGAGGCCCUCUGCGCCGGCUAUCUGGGGCUGUCCCUGCUCUUCUGGCUCGGCUCGGUGUUCUACUACUUGUACCUGCAGAUCGCGAACACUACAAACAGCUCCUCGUUCCACUCGGAGACUUUCGGGGCCUACGGUGAAGUGGAGCUGAGCAGGAAUAAUUCGAGAGCCGAUCGACUCCCCGACGGUUCCGUCGCCAUCCAGCUUCCGCCCUACCAACCCAGAGCCGACUCGAGGCCAAAGAAUUUCGAAAACAGCCAGCCCCUCCUUGGCUCGAGGCAGCCGACACCGCAGUACUUUAGCCCGCCACUGUACGCAGAUAUGGCACGGAAUGAGAAGGUGUACAUGCCCACCACCCAGCCCGCAUAUGCGAUGCAACCGCCCCGUUCGACGACGCCUCGUCACUACGAUGGACUGAACGAGGUGUACAGUCAAUCGGGGGAUACGGCCGAGUUUGCGCGGAAUAUGGGCUCGUAUUUGAACGACAAGGUGCCGCCGCUAGCCUGGUUCGGGCUGAUGAGCAUCACCUGUUUGGUCGGCUUCAUCAUAUUGUUGAUAGGCGCCUUCAACAUCCCGUUCUGUAAUGUCCAGCCAAUGAUCCCGAUCUGGCUGCUCGUGCUCGGGGUGUUGAUCAUCAUCUCGUCAUGCGUCAGAAUCUACGCGGCAAUUCCGAUGCCAUCCAGAAGACGUGCGGCCGCACGCGCUGGAGCCCCUCAGCAAGCCUCUAGGCUAUCUGCCGAUCUAUGCCUCAAAGGAACGGAGCUGAUCUUCUUCCUCGCGACGAUCAUCUGGAUUAUUCUAGGCUGCGUUUGGGUGUACGGCUCGAAGUGGUACGUCCACUUCGAGGAGCACAUGUUCGAGGAGCACUACUGCGAUCAGGGGCUGUACUGGACGGCCUUCUCCGUCUGCACCGGUUCCCUCGUCUGCGUCGGCCUCAUCGUCGUCGCCGUUCUCUUCAUCAUGAUGGGCGGCGCGAUGCGGGACAGU